AGCAGAGCCUCAUUUUUUGGUAUCUACUUCUCCAGAGGAAUUCCCAAAGUUCCCCACAUACUUGGGCCAUGGGGAUGUGAGCAAAAUAGCAACAUCCUUAAACUGGAAUGCGGAACCCAGCCUUGUUCUCAGGGAAAGCACGUCCUUGGGACUAAAAGUGUACCCUAAGGACUCUGUCCUACUGGGGUAGACAAUCUGCAGCCCUGAGCGUCCAGUGAAGAUGACACCUUUUUGACCCAGGUUCAGCCUUCUUCCUCCUGCUCUCUGCAACGCCAAAGCCAAGGCAGAGAGACAGCUCUUGGCAGGGAGCUGCAGCAGCCGCUGAGAUGAACAAGCGCACAGCCAUAGCUCUGGCUUUGAUCCUCUGGGCCACAACUGUUCAAGGGUUCGUCAUGUUCAAAGGGGGGCGCUGUCUUUGCAUCGGCCCCGGUGUGAAAGCCGUCAAAAUGGCAAUGAUCGAGAAAGCUUCUGUAAUUUACCCAAGUAACGGCUGCAACAAAGUUGAAGUCAUUGUUACCCUGAAGGCUCACAAAGGACAAAGGUGUCUGGACCCCAGAUUCAAGCAAGCUCGCUUCAUCAUGCAGACAAUAGAAAAAAAGAAUUUUGUAAGGCGCCAGAACAUGUGACUCCUGAAAAAAAAAAAGUGACAUCCUGGGAUGGUCUGACUGUGAGCCCUCUGAUACAAACUCUUCGUCAGGAACCCGUCCCCUCUUGUCUUGCAAUAUGCACCCAUGUAUUACCAGGUUGCAGGACUUUCUAGGAGGCCUGAUAUGUCUAAACUAUUUUGCUUUGGGGUAUGGAAAUAUUUCUCUCUAAGAGUCAUGUGUCUGUAUGUGUGCACUCUCCGAGUUCCCUUCUGUGGCGACAAUGGAUGCAUUGUCACUUGGCUCCGGCAAUGCUGGACUCAAAAGCAUCUGUGUGUGUAGUAAAACAUUCCUCAAAGAAUUUUUCAUGCAAGUAAACACUCCUUUCCCCAGAUAUCUCGAGGCACGCAAACAUCUAGCAAGACAUUUGCACACAUUAUUUUGGUUGUUCAUUUAAAGAGACUGCCACUCGUGAGGUGCUCUGAAAACAUUUCUGCAUUGUAGAAACUGAUAAGAACACGACUUUUGUCAGCUAGUCACACUGGCUUCCCACUGAGGAGUUCUAAAGGGGUUAAGAUGCGUAUAUCCUGUACAUCUGGUUUUAUCUGUUUUAUCAGUGACAAUAACCUGUGUAGAUUUUUAAAAUAAAUUGGUUUUGCUCACCAAAGAAAAAUGUUGAAAAAAAAUCUGUGCAGCUCUUUCAGUCUGUUCCCCAUGAGUCUGCCUUUGAGAAAAUAUGCAAAUAUAGACUUUGUCCCUGUCCUUCAUCAUACUAUGAAUGUGGGAUGGCUGGCACUCUCUCUCCUUGAAAAGAGUAAGAAUUGUGUUGCUCUAGUAAGCUACGAUAUAUAACUCUUAUUAAAUCAUUAACAACUACAUGCUUUCUGGA